AAUUUAAUGGUUACCUUGUUCAUACAACAGAUUUCUGUUGGGUCGGACUUAACGAAUAAACUAUAAAAUCAAACCAAAUACGAUGGUGAUUUAUGACAGAAAUGUUCUUGUUGUAAGGCAUUUGCCUCAAGAACUGACAAAAGAGGCCAAAAUCGACCUUCUCAAAUUUUUAGGAGCUUCAGAGGUCAAAUGUCUUAGUUCAGAAAAUAAGAAAUCGAGCUUGGUGUUCGCGAAGUUCGACAAAGAAGGACAUGCCGAAGCCGUUCUCAAAAUGCUUCAUCAAAAAGAUUUAUUAGGGCAAUUGAUAUCUGUCGAAUUUGCAAGAGGGAAAGAGGUGGUCGGCGAUGGCCAAACGAUAAAGGAAAGCGAUGGUAUUGAGAAAAACGAUGAGAAAACUAUGCAGAGAAAAUUGUUGGAAAGUUUCCAGACGAAGUUGAAUUCAUGGAUAAACACUGUCGAUUUGACGUUGCCACCUCCUGUUCACCUGAGAUAUUCUUAUCCCCCUCCACAAUUAUACGUUAUGAAGAAUAUUUGCAAAGCGUUAUCCAAGGUGCCAAAGUUUUACACACAAGUUCUUCAUUUAAUGAAUAAAAUGAACCUACCGUGCCCUUUUGUCGAAAACUAUGUUAUUCAAGAUGAUACAAUGGAUCUGAUUGGAAAUGAGAUUCAGCCUGAAAGCUCAGAAGAAUCUGAACUUGAAAGUGAUGGGGAUGACCAAACCGCCAACACUGUCAACAUACAGAAACCAACCAGUCUUCACAAUAAACCGAAAAUCAAACGGCCGAGGAAGUUGAUCACUCCCGUAAUGCCGAAAAAAUCUAAAUUCGAUCCGAAAAUAACACCGGAUCAAGUUUUUGACAUUGUAAGCAUGUCGAAGAAGAACAUCAAACUGCACAUUCCUGCCAAUAUAUCUUCAGGAAAUGAAAAUGAGAUUGGCAAUGUUGAAAUGAAAGAAGAUGAAAAUAAACUCUCUGAAACGGUUGAAACAGAAGUUACAGAUAUUCACAAAGAAACAGAUUUAAAUAGAGUAAUUACCGAAGAAGAACUAGCAAUCAAUCGUGUUCCAGCUAAAGAUUUCCAUCUUCUGCCUGUUUUUAAAAAUUAUCAACCAGGAUUACCGUCGUCUCGGCUAUACUUGAAAAACCUAGCAAAGACUGUUCAAGAGUCAGAUUUGAAUUUUAUUUUUAAAAGAUACGUUACAGACGAUCAAGAAAUACAAGAAAGCCUGUUUGACAUUAAACUAAUGCAAGAAGGAAGAAUGAAAGGGCAAGCUUUCAUCAUGCUACAAAGCACAGCCUUAGCAGAGAAAGCUUUAAAGGAAACAAACGGUUUUAUGCUUAAAGGAAAGCCUAUCGUAGUGCAAUAUGCAAAAUCACAAAAACCAAAAUGAAUUAUUGAACAGAAGAAAACAAAACAUUGAGAGCGUCUAUAGACACAAUGAUUAUACUAUACUGUAUAAUAAUAUUUUAUUAAAUGGAAAUGAAAAACUUUUAUACAUUAAAUGUAUAAAAAUUGCAUUGCAAAAAUUUGAUCGACUCGGUCAUCCCGGUUUGCACAUUUUUGCUGGAUUUAACUGUAAGACACAUUUUGACAUUUUUUAACACUACGUUGUAUCCGUGAAGUAUGAGUCUAAUUUAAAAAAAAAAAAUUCUAUAUUUUAUCCUUGUUCUUGUCUGUUAGAUACCAGGCACCGGUAAAAGCCAAUAUUAAUGGAAUAGCCAUUCUAACAAACCUAACGGGAAGUUUAUGCAUAUACAAUAUGCUACUUAUAGACCACGGAAGUACAGAAAAAAGGAAAGAACCUGAGUAUGAGCUUUAAGCUUCAGAUUGUUGAAAACAACAAACUGUGAGUGAGAUCCAACUUUAAAAAAGAAAAAAGGCUAGUUUUAUUUAAUCGAGAAUAACUAAUGUCCAAAAUGGUUAUAAUUGUCCUCUAAAGAUUCCACAUCCAGAUGAAUUUUUGGUUUAAAAUUUUUGUUGGCUUUCAAAAAUAAUAUUGCAUGUUUUGAAAUGACCUUGUUGAGGCUGAAACUGAAUACAACCACCUGCUAUUUUUAAUAAAUGAAAUUAUAUUUUCAAGCUGUUUUUCUUU